GCAAAACAGCAACCACAACAACGAAAAUGAAAAUGUUGCAAAAAUAUAACAGUCACAUCAGCUUAGCUUGGCCAGUAAGAGAGUGAGAAAAAGUGUGCGGCCGUCAUAAAAGUCAAUUCGUAACGUAAAAUGAUGCGAUGAAACUCGUGUUAUAUAUUUAGACGAAUUUCAAAUUAAUCCCUCGGAACGGAUCAAACGGCCACAAAAUUCAAGAAAAAGUAAAAAAAAAUAAGAAAACAAACUGAAAUGGGAAAAGAAAAGACGAGCGGAGAAGCAUUACGUUGAUGCUGGCACACAGUUUUUAUUAAAUGUCGCACAUUUUGUACGGUGUUGCGAGAUUAUUACACGAAUUAGCACAUUUGGAUGGACCUCCUAUGUGCCGAUUGCUAUCAAAUAUCUGUUGCCAACAGUCAUUUUAAUUUUUCAUACACAAGACGAAGACGAACCGAAAAAAAACAACGCCAACAGCCAACGCUCUCUGAACAGACGGAUGUCGAUCUCAUUCUCCUCGCUGUCACACAAACCAUCAUCAAUUAUCGAAUUUUCAACUGUGUUUUCUGUCAAUUAUUCGGUUGUAACGCAUUUAUUAGACACACAGUGUAGCCUAAGCGCACCAGUUCAACGCUAUUCAAUUCGGGUAGCGACAGAUGAAAAAUUCAUUUUGAAAAAUGGCGCCGUUUGGUACAAGUGUUCAUUCAAUGACCGCUGACAUUUCGGUUGUACAUGUCAGAUUAAUUGUUCGUUCACUUCGUCAUAACACAUAAUAUACCGACGUAACUGACUGACUGACUGAUUGAGUGAAAACAUGUACACGAUCUGUUGGCAGCGAAAUUUCCUUUUGAACGGUAAAAUUUUCGGUUAUGCAGCUGUAUUCAAAUAGCCUGGCGUUAACCGCUCUAAAUGGUGGCAUUUGUUUGCUUGGCGAUUAUUUGGUGGACGUGAACCAAGAGUCACAAAUACGAAAAGCCAUUUGUGAUAAUGCUACGCAUGCAAUUGUCGGUUUUUUCGGUGGAAUCGUCCUAAUUUUGGAAACGAAUCAUAGAGCGGCUGGAAUCGAGCAAAUUGCUUUGGUUGUGAUGAGUGUAUUGGUGUCAUCGUUCAUUGACAUCGAUCAUUUUUUGGUUGCCAAGUCAAUGCAACUUUCGAGAGCGAUUAGUAUUGACCGAAGACCAUUUCUACACUUUACAACUAUUCCGUUGGUGUUGAUGAUUCUAAUAAUUCCACUGCAUCAAUGGAUUCAUUCGCCUCGUCUUAAUCUAUGGCUGAGCGUAUUUACAUGCGCAUUUUUGUGUCAUCACACUCGUGAUGCGACACGAAGAGGAUUCACACUGUGGCCUUUUGGAACGACGAAACCUUUACCAUACUUUGUGUAUAUCGCACUGGUGAUGACCAUCCCAUUCCUAUCAGACAAAUGGCUCAAUAUCACCACGAAUGGUGGUGGUCAAUAUCGAUACCGCACGCUGGAAGUUUUGACAGUAUAAACAAUACGUAACCUGUGAUUCAAUCGAAAGACUCAAAUAAAUCUAUUUAUUUUAAUUGUA